CCCGUUCGUUCGUUCGUCCGUCCGUCUCCGCCCUCUGGUUUGUUCAUCUUCUAUGAGUAACUUCUUCGUCUCUCUUAACAUAUCAGCACCACGUUUACACAGAUCUGCUGAUUUUUUGAUCGAAUGGGACAUGCUUUCUGAAGAUUGAAGAACUGAUUACAGAGAUGAAGAGGUCGAGAGACUACACAGCUGCGCCUGCCGAAUCCUCGGGGCAACCUCAAAUGAUCAGUGGGGAAAACACAGAGAAAUUAACAACAAGUGAUGCAUUGUCAUAUCUCAAGGCUGUCAAGGACAUAUUUCAGGACAAUAAAUCAAAAUAUGAUCAGUUUCUUGAUGUCAUGAAAAGAUUCAAAGCUCAGAGAACUGACACAACUGGUGUUAUAGCGAGAGUGAAAGAUUUAUUUAAAGGACAUCGCGAUCUAAUUCUAGGAUUUAAUACAUUUUUGCCAAAAGGAUAUGAAAUCACUCUUCCACCUGAGGACAAACCAGUGGACAAACCUGUGAAAAAGCCUAUUGAAUUCAAAGAAGCAAUCAAUUUUGUGAAUAAAAUUAAAGCUAGGUUUGAAGGUGACGACCAUGUGUAUAAAUCCUUUCUUGACGUUUUAAAUAUGUACCGCAAUGACAACAAAUCAAUUACUGAGGUUUACCAGGAGGUUGCAUUUCUCUUACGUGAGCAUCAUGAUCUGCUCUUGGAGUUCACUCAUUUUCUACCUGAUUCUUCUGCAGCAGCCUCUCUUCCCUUUGGUCCUUCUGGUAGAUAUUCCAUUUUCCACCGUGAGGAUAGAAGCUCACCAUUGCCCACUAUGAAGCAUAUGCACGUUGACAAGAAGCCUAUUCUUCUGCAUAUUGAACGUGAUCGUAGUGUUGAUCAACCAGAUCUAAAUUGGGAUAAGACUCUUUUUAGAGCUGAUAAAGAGCAGAGAAGGCGUAUUGAAAGAGAAAAGGAGAAAAGGGAUGAAAGACACUCGAGGGAUCAGGAUUGCGAUGACAGAUAUUUUGAGCAAGGUGAAACUUGUUACACAAAUCAACCUAAAUCAGGUAGGAGGAGAGAUAACUUUAUAAAUGGUCAAUUGCACCCGAAAGGAGAAAACACAGAUAAUCAUGCAACACACAAGGGUUCAUCAUCUUCUGAUGAUAAAAAUGAAUUGAAAGGCAUUUACAGCCAAGAGUUUGCUUUGUGUGAAAAGAUCAAAGAUAGAUUAUAUCCUACUGAUGGUUACCAGGACUUUUUGAAGUUCCUUCACAUAUAUAGUAGACAAAUAAUCACACGAUCUGAGUUGAAAAAUCUGGUUCGUGAUUUACUUGGUGGACAUCCUGACCUUAUAGAGGGGUUUAAUGAAUUCUUAUCUCGCUGUGAGAAGAUUGAUGGUUUUCUUGCUGUUGCGGGUGUUGUAAAUAAAAGAUCUUUGUUGUCUGAAAGGAAUUUAUCUAGAUCUAUCAAAGCAGAAGAAAGUGAUAGAGAUCAGGAUCGUGAACGAGAUGAUAGGAACAAAGAUAGAAAUGUUGAAAACAGAGAAAGGGAUAAAUCUGAGAGGGUCUUUGACAAUAAAGACGUAACAGGCCAAAAAAUAACGUUGCCCAACAAGGAUAAGUAUAUAGGAAAGCCCAUUCAUGAGCUAGAUCUCUCCAACAGUGAGAGUUGCACUCCAAGUUACCGUCUUCUGCCUAAGGAUUACCCAAUACCUUUGGCUAGCCAGAGGACAAAACUUUGUGCUGAAGUACUAAAUGAUCAUUGGGUCUCAGUUACUUCAGGAAGUGAGGAUUACUCAUUCAAGCACAUGCGCAAAAAUCAGUAUGAAGAAAGCUUGUUUCGAUGUGAAGAUGAUAGAUUUGAAAUGGAUAUGUUACUGGAGUCUCUGAGGGCGACAAUUAAGCGUGUUGAAGAUCUUUUGGAAAAAAUCAAUAACAACUCCGUUAGAGAAGAUUGUCCUAUUCGCGUGGAAGAGUAUUUUACAGUUCUGAAUCUGAGGUGCAUUGAACGAAUAUAUGGUGACCAUGGUCUUGAUAUCAUGGAUGUGUUGAAGAAAAAUGCACCUCUUGCAUUACCAGUUCUAUUAACACGCUUGAAGCAGAAACACGAGGAGUGGACUAGAUGCCAUGUAGAUUUUAACAAAGUUUGGGCUGAAAUUUAUACUAAGAACUAUUAUAAAUCACUUGAUCAUCGUAGCUUUUACUUCAAGCAGCAAGACUCUAAGAAUUUGAGCAAAAAAGUAUUGUUAAAUGAGAUCAAAGAGAUCAAAGAGAUCAGAGACACGAAGCAAAAGGAGGAUGAUCUGCUGCUUGCAGUUUCUGCUGGAAAUAAAACACCUCUACCUCAUAUGGAGUUUGAAUAUUCUGAUUUAAGCAUACAUGAAGAUAUAUAUCAGCUUGUCAAGUAUUCAUGUGGCGAGGUAUGCAGAAAUGAUGAAUUGGAAAAGGUUAUGAAGACUUGGACAGAUUUCUUAGAACCAAUGUUUGAAGUUCCUUCUCGCCCUCAGCAAACUGAGGCUAAUGAAAAAGCCAUAAAGUCUAAGAAUCAAAAGAGCGGGAAUUGUGUUAUUGGAGAAAACCAUAGUAGCCCUGAUGGUGAUGUUGCAAUUACAGUUAAAUCAAAUCAUUCCAGAAAUUCUGAUGGAAGUCAAGUUGGGUUAGCAAAGGCUUAUAGUGGAGUUAAAGAUGUCACUUCAAGUGAUGUAAACCAUAGUUUGCCGAAGAGUGAUGUUUUCUGUAGCAAUCCUCCACUUGCAACUUCACAGAGCAGUAAUGCUGCAAAAGAUACAUUGUCUGUGUCAAUCAAGCUAGCAAUCUCAACUGAACAGUUGGAUGACUCAAGUUUGCUUUCCGUUGCAAGAGCUGAGGAAAGGUUUAGGGAAGAAAAUGUUGAUAAUGCAUCAGGGGUUUGUGGUGCUAUGGACAUAUACAAGAAUCCUGCUUCUAUUGAAGUGAUGAAGACAAAACACUGCGACAAAAUUUCACCUUUAUCAGAGGUUACUGAUUGCAACAGACCAUCUUCUUCUGCAAAUAGCCUAACUGUGCAACAGAACAACAAGUCUCAAUCAUCUGGGAACUUAAAACCUGAAAAAGAGGAAGGUGAACUAUCUCCUAAUCGGGAUUUUGAGGAGGAUAAUUUUACUGCUCAUGGAAAUGAUACAGAAGAAGCAGCACAUGGACCAAAGGAUAGUGCAGGUAACAGGAAAGUACAAGAAGAAACAUGCAGAAGCAGAGGUGGGGGAAAUGAUGCUGAAGCAGAUGAGGAUGGUGAAUUUACUGUUCAUCGAUCAUCAGACAGUGAGAAUGCUUUUGAGAAUGGUGAUGCUUCAGCUAGUGAAUCUUCCGAUGGCAAAGGUUGCUCCCAGGAGAACCAGGGAGAAGAUGGAGACCAUAAUGAGGAUGAGAAUAAGGCUGAAGAUGAAGGUGAGACUGAGAAGAUAGCUGAAUUUUCUGAACGUAUGCUACAAAAUGUGAAGCCGCUGAAAAAGCAUGUUUCUCCAGCCUCAUGUGGCAAAGAUGGUGAUUCUCAUAUCUUUUAUGGAAGUGAUUCAUUCUAUGUGCUCUUCAGGCUUCAUCAAUUAUUGUACUCGAGAAUAAAAUCUGCAAAAGUUAAUUCUUCAACUGGUGAAUAUAAAUGGAGGGCAUCAACUGAUACAAGUCCGACUGACCUAUAUGCCAGAUUCAUGAGUGAAGUUUACCAUUUACUUGAUGGUUCCUCUGAUAAUGCAAAAUUUGAAGAUGAUUGCCGGGCCAUCCUUGGAACUCAGUCUUAUGUUCUUUUCACUUUAGACAAGUUGAUAUUCAAGAUUGUCAAACAGCUCCAAACUAUUGCAGCCAAAGGGAGGGAAAAUAAACUCAUACAGCUUUAUGCAUACGAAAGAUCUAGAAAACCUGAAAAUUUUGUUGAAUUGAUUUAUCGUGAAAAUGCUUGUGUUCUCCUUCAUGAUGAGAAUAUCUAUCGAAUUGAACGUUCAAAUACACCAACUCAAUUAUUUAUAGAGAUGAUGGACAAUGGGCAUGACAAACUCGAAACGACAAGCAUGGCCAUGGAUACCAGUUUUGCAGCUUAUCUGCAGAAUGAUUUUUUAUCCCUUGUUCCGAAGAGGACUGAUGAAUCAAACAUUUUCUUGAGAAGAAAUAAGCGGAAAAAUGAACCAGGCAAUGAGUUAUCCACAAGCGACGUGACUAUGGAGGGAGUACAAAUUUGUAAUGGUCUGGAGUGCAAGAUAUCUUGCAGUUCUUCUAAGAUGUCUUAUGUGUUAGACACAGAAGAUCUUUUGUUUCGGCCGAACAUGAAAAGAAGAAAACUGAAGCACACUGGCUCAUGCCAUGAUGAUGAAACAAAGUCUUCCAACAGUUGUUUAAGUAGAGUAGAGCGGUUUCAUGAACUUCUUGCUGGUUCAUAGUAUGCAUCUAUGCUACACCAUAAACUAGAUGAUGUGGUGCCCCCAUAGAUUUCCUUUCACCAGUUGAAUAAAGAAAAAUGAGUACCAGCCGACCGACGACCUAGUCGGAUGGAUGGAUGGCUUUCUAUUGUAUACAGUUGCUUCUUGUCAUUUCUUGGAGCAUUGAUAAUAUGAAUAGAGGAUUUUGCUUUGCAAAUUUAUGCACAUUUGUUUGACCCUUUUAUUUUCAACAAGUAAUACUUUUCAUUAAAUAUUGAAGUUUGUGAAUUUUAUUUGUAAGUAACA